GAGCCAACUUUAAAUUCAGCACUCCAUUCUCAGAGGGUUCCCGAUUUUAGAUCGCAAAAGUGAUAUGCCCGAGUUGAUACCUUUUCCCCCUGCUCCUGUGCAAGAUUCCGGAUUUCCAUGGCAGUGUACAGAUACACGGCAGGCAUUGAGGCAUGGAACGAACCGUGCCAACACUCAGCCUCAGCCUCGUUGCGAUUCUAUUUCCGCCUCCUCCACCCUCAGCUUGAACUCCCCUAGAUGACCUCCCCCGUCUUGCCUGCUUUCCCCACAUUCGUUGUAGUCUCUCGUUGAAUCUAGUGAUGAUUAAACCUCCGAAAACUGAUUGAUUGACCGAUUCACCAAUUGACCGAUUGACCGAUUGAACGGACAGCGGGCAGCCCGAGCAUUUGUGAAUCCAACGUCCUAAUUGCCACCUAGCACGGCCAACCGCCCAACCGCCCAUUCAUCCAUCCAUCCAACCCUCCAACCGACCAACUGGUGCGAUGCGGAAUCGACUAAAACACCCCUUACCGACAUCCCUUCUCCUCGUCCUCCUCGUCCUCCUCGCCUCCCCCUCCCGCGCCGCCUUCCAGAACGACUUCUCGGGAUACCCAGAGGCGUCGCAAGAAUGCCUCUACGCGGCUGCGGACGCGUCGGGGUGCGACGGCGACACCGUGUCAGCCAUGAACGCCUGCCUUUGCGGCAACCGCGGCGACUUCGUGGUGAACACGGCCACCUGCCUCGCAGGCUCGGACCCGUCCCACCUCGAGACCGUCUACGACACGAUGGACAGCCACUGCUCCGACUCGGGGACGCCGCUGGACGUGUCGCGCGCACAGUUCCUCGCGGCCAAGAGCGGCAGCAGCAGUAGCAUCAGCAUCACCAGCACCGCGUCCGAGUCCGAGACCGCGACCCCAACUAGCGCGACGCGAACGGGGACUACGAGCGGUAGCUCCACAACACAGACGACGACUGGGACUGGCACGAAUACGCCUACGCCGACACAAUCGGGAGGUGGCAACGCUGACGGUGGUGACGGUGGCGGUGGCGGUGGGGACGAUAAAUCGGACGGAGGAGGGCUGUCGGGAACGGCCAAGGCGGGCAUCAUCGCCGGGGCGAUAGUAGGGGGCUUGGCGCUCCUCGGCGUGCUGGCCUUCUUCUUCAUCCUGCACCGGAGGCGCAGCCAGGCCGCGCGCGAGGAGUCGCACCCGAUGUUGCCGGCGAACAAGUUCGGCGGGCGGACGGGAGGAGGCGGCGGCGGCGGAGACGGGGCGGGCAACACCAAGACCGGCGCCGACAAGUGGCGCACCAGUCAGGGAUUCAGCUGGGAGUCGCCGUACGAGGCGCCGUGGACGGAACCACCGCCGGCUCAGACAUGGGGCCACUCCCCCCUGGAUCCGGCGGUGGGCUAUUACGCGGCACCUGGGACGCAGGACGGGCACCAGGAGCAGGUAUACGAGCUUGCCAGCGGCACGGAUAUUCGGGCGCCGGUGGAAAUGGCCGCCCCGGCUGUCCACCCGCCGGGAAGUGAGCGGCCAUACUCAGGGGCGGGCUGGGGGCAAGUUACUGGACAACCGAGGGGAACAUGACAGGAAUACAUGGAGGAGGUGGCGUUUUUUUAGGUUUUGUCUGCUGUACCAUCACAUGGGAUUGAUCUGGAGACAAUCGAAUCUUGUAUAUAAUAGAAUUCAUUGUCAGACAAACCUUAUUCGACAGGCACAGGGGCGCCCUGGAUAAAAGCAAUAACAGGAUUACAUG